AUGAUAGUUCAAAAAAAAUCUAGCUUCUUCAGUAGAAUCCCCAUUAGAUUCCUCGAUGGGCGAAGAUGCCAAAUCGAUAUUAAUGGGAAGUAUGGGCAGCAAUAUGAUUCUAAUAAAGUAAUUUCGCCAAAAAAAGGAGAGAAAUCACUGGCCUAAUUAUCUUUAAUGGGUAAAAAUGAAAUGUCUAUGAGCAAUUUUCAAGCUUAAAGAAUAGACAAGAAAUUGAAAGAAAAUGAACUCCUUAAAGAAAAAGUCAAGGCCCUAGAUGAACUAACAUCCAAUAUGAGAAAGAAUUAUUACAAGGACUUAUUAGUUUACAAAAAUCCAAAAAAAGAUUGGAAAAACGAUGGCAAUAAGAGAAAUAACUAUUUAAAUGAUGAAGACUAGGUAGCAGUUGAAUUCUUUAAUGCAUUAGAAGGAGUAGACCCUGAAAUGCUAGACAUUAUUAAUACCAGGCUUUUUUCUAUGAAAGAAAAGUGUGAAAGAAGAUUAGUUGACCAUAUAAGGUUUUAAGAAGAGCUCCUAAAAAAGAUCUAUGCCAUGAGCAAGCUUUCCCCAAGUGCUUUUGGAAUUGUUAAUCUAAGUCUUUAAGAGAUAAUAGGGGCAUUAAAAAUAAUGUACGACGAUCCAUAAGAUAUUUGGACUGAAAUUCAUGAGCACUACGGACAAGAUUGCUUUUUGACUAUAAUUGAGCAGGAAUAUGGAGGUAAAUUUUCAAAAGAUUAUAGCUAGCUAAACGCUGAAGUUGAUAAAGUCAAAGAAGAAGCUCAAUUCUAAAUACAAGAAGUGCUUAAGUCUUGUUAGAACGAAAUUCAAUAGCUGAGGAAAAGUCUAGAUAACAAAAAUCAAGAAAUAAUAGAGUUGAAGGAAAAUCAACUUAAGGAAAUCGAGAAAGCCAAGAAGGAAGCAUAUUAACUGGCAGAGUUAUCAUUCUAAACAAAGGAAGCUAAGUUAUUCUAAAGAAAUGAUUAAGAAAAAGCUGAGCUUUAUGAGAAAAUCAAAUAUCUAGAAACUGUAAACACCAAUUUUGAUGCUAUCUUGACAAGGCUAGAGUCAAGAAUAAUCGAGCAAAGUAUAAACAGAAUACUAGAUAUAAUACUGGGAAAAACUUCAUAGGAAAUAUAAAGUCUUAAAGAAGAAUACGAAAAAGAUAUAAGGAAUCUGAUUGAUGAAAAUAAUCAGAAAAACUUAGAGAUGGCUGAGAAGAGAUUACAAUAUGAAUAAUAAAUUGAAAAGAUCCAGUAUUUAGAGUAAUGUCUGAGUGAUUCUUAAUAAGAAGCCUAGAUGUAUAAAAAUCAAUAAGAAUCGAUGAGGGAAGAAUAAAGAAAAUUAGAGGGAGAGCACAAUACGCUAAAAAGAGCUUUAGAGAAUAGUUAGAAACUAGCUGAAGGAGUAGAAAGAGAAAGAAAAAGACUUGAGAAUGAGUUAAAUAGGUUAUCUGGAAAUAAUAACACAAACAAAUACCAAAGCGCUUAUGCUGAAGCCGAAUUACACAGGAAAAAAGCAAUUAAUAGUAUCUCGAAUGCAGGAACAACUACUCUGAAUAACGUUUAUGCUCACAACAAUAAAACAAAGGGUAUUUAGACUAACUUAAAGGAUGUAAAUGCCGAGAUAAUUUUUGUUAAACAGAAAGAAAAAGAGAUUCAAGCCAAACAAGAGAGUUAAUAUAAAGUCCCGUGUCUUAACUAUGGAUGCUAAACUGAUCCAGUGAUAAUUAUGAGUGAGUUUGAAUUUAGAUAGAUCAAAACUCCCAAUAGAAAAGUAGACACAAGAAAUAGUACAAGUUCACAUAAAUUUCAAUUUAAGAGUGAUGCUGACAAUAUAUCAGAGAAAUCAGGGAGGAGUUAAAACAGACGACUUAACUCAAGAAACAAAGGUCAAUAAAAUCUGAUAGAUGUGAGUGAGAAAGGUACUUAAUGUGAACUUAUAGUGUAAACUGCAUUUGGAGUCACUCCUGCCAGACAAGUAGAUGGAAAGAGUGCGUUUAUGUUUAACUAUGUUCAAGGAUAGUCAGUAGAUUCAGACACGGUUCUAGCUGAUAAAUUUGAAUCAAACUUUAAAAUGAGAGAUUUGCUGAAAAAAAUGCCCUAGGUUUAUGAAAGAUUGUGGCUUAAUGUAUUUGAAAAGGCAGCUAAAUCUUCAAAAAUAAGAUAGGAAUUUGAGCGAAUAAGACAAGAGUAAUGGGAUAAAGUAUAAGAGUAACUAUAAGGAAUGAAAUACCCAAAAUCUAAGAACAUAUUUCACAAAGACUCAAUUACUGGGAAAGUAUUCAUCAAUCUUGUUGAAUUAUAUAAAAAUACCCAAUUUUUAGUCGAUAGUAGCACUAAUUAGACUAACGCUUAAUAAUAAACAGCAUAUGAAUCUUUUAAAAGAAAUAAAGUGUUCAACUCAAGAAUGUCUAUUACAAAAGAGGAGUCAUCUUCAAGAGGGUAGAGCAGAUAGUCUCCAUCCAAAAUGAUGGAAAAUCACAUUCAAGAAACAGCAGAGAGUGCUAAAAAUUAAUUCAUGGGCAAAUGA